AUGGCUUUCGCAAUUGUCGGCUGUGGAAUUGUCGGACUUUACACGGCUCUCAAUCUUAUUGAGAGUGGCGUAAAAGGCUCGGAAAUCACCAUUGUAGCAGAGUAUCUGCCUGGCGACCAGUCGAUCAACUACACGUCUCCCUGGGCCGGUGGAAACUUCAGCUGCAUAUCUCCAGAUGAUGCUCAGACGUUGAACUUUGACAAAACCACAUACACACACUUGGCUGCUAUUCGCAAGCUUCUAGGUCCAGGCUGUGGCCUAGACCGCCGUCCUAGUACUGAGUACUGGGAGUAUCUUCCAGACGAGCGGAAAAUUGGGUCAUUGAGUUCGUAUUUAGAGGAUUUCACGGUUGUUCCAUCAUCCCAACUUCCAGAAGGGGUGGCCUUUGGAAUAAAAUAUGUCUCGUGGAAUUUCAACUGUCCAAAGUUCCUUGAAGUGCUGAAAAUAUACCUGGCUUCCACUGGCGUUGUCUUUGUGCGCAGAAAGAUCCAGGAUGUCGAUGAGAUGUUUGAAUUUGCCAGGACCGUGUUCAACUGUACGGGAAUUGGAGCCAGAGGACUCGGGGGAGCCGAGGACGACAACAUAUAUCCUGCCAGAGGCCAAGUUGUGGUGAUCAAGGCUCCCCACAUAAACGAGAACCGAAUGCGGUGGGGAACUGAGGACGUGACCUACAUUAUUCCUCGACCAAAUUCUCAGUCUCAGGUGGUGUUGGGUGGCUACUUGCAGGCCAAUAACUGGUGUGCCGAUACGUGGAAAACAGAAACCGAUGACAUUAUUCGCCGAACAAGUCAGUUGUUCCCUGAAAUCGGAAACGAGCCAGAAAUCCUUCGCGUGGCAUGCGGUCUGAGACCAAGUCGCAAAGGCGGUGUUCGCCGGGCUAUGGGGCUGCUCGUCGUGCGGUGA